CUAAAACUGAUAGGUUGUCAAAUUACAUUGAAAUCGUUGUCCAGAUGCUAGUUGUAGGUGUUAGAAUAUCCUGAUAGCAGUGAUGAUCUUAAUAAUGUACAGAAUCUGCUUCAGUUGUGAAAAUUUUAUUUCAUAUUCACACUGUAUUAUCUUGCAGCUUUCUUAUUUUUGAGUUUUCAAGUGUAGAAGAGUGAUGAUUAAAAUUUUUAUGUAGCAUAUAGUCAUUCUUUUUUUGCAUUAACAUAUUUAAAACAUUAAAUACACUUCAUAUUGAAAUUGAAGAAGGGGGGAGCAUUAAAGGCUAUGGAUAAUUUAGAAAAACAGGUAAUUCAAAUAACUGAAGUUGAAAAUACUGAGCAGAUUAACCAAGUUUCUUCAACAGUAAUUGACUCGCCUGUUUCUUCAAAAAUAAAGGUUAAAAAUGCUGAGCAAGUAAACCAAGCCCCUAAAGGUGUAGACAGCUGUCAUGUUGCUAUAAACACAGAUGUCUCAGAAACUCCGCUUGAAGACUGGGUGCAUUUAGCAUCAUCAUCUACUAAUACUCCAGUAAAAGGUGGAGAGUCAAGUAAUGAUUUAAAUGAUGUGGAGCUCAGUACUCUUGAGGCUGUACCCUCACUUGUAGAUCAAUCCUUCACUAUAGAUGAUAUGGAAUUUAUUCCAAAUCCAGAAGCUAAUGAAGUGUAUAACAACGUAAUGAAGGUUUGCAGCACUACUGCUGAGGCUAUAAAAAAAACUAUCUCUGAAGUUUUGAACUCAAGAGAUGAUAUUGUUAUAACUACAGGAGAUGUAACCCAUGAACUGGAAGAAAGUUUAAGUAGAAGGAUUGCAGAUUUCGAAAAUGUAGUUAGUGGGUGCUUUCCGGGUAGUUUCGGAGUAGAUUCUGAUGAGCCUGCCAGUAAACCUGUUAGUAUAGUUGAAAUUGUCGAAGAAACAGAUAAAAUUUCUGAGGAUUCUACUGUAAAUUCUGAAGCUAUUGCUGCACAUGUACCUGAUCAAAGAAUGCAAAUAAAUUGUGCAAUAUCAAUAAAUAGCACUGAUAUAAAAAAUUCUAAUGAUGCAUCAGAUUUGAACUAUGAUUUAAGUGUUACAGAUGGAAAAAAAUCAGAGCAAAUAGAAAAAUGUGACAUUACUAAUGUGGAGACAUCUUUACCACAAUCUGAAGUAAAGCUUUUUCCAAAGGAACUAGUCAAGAAUACAAUUACUGCAGAUGAAGAGCGAGGGACAAAAAAGCAACAGAAGAAUAAUGCAGCUAAAAAGAAAGGAGAAAGAACUAUUGAUCAGGUGUUAAAAUCGCUACCAAAUUGCUCGACUCUUGAGGAAAAAUUACAGUGUCUUUUAAAGAAACAUGUAGCAGUUUUGGAAGAGUUACGUAAUCUCGAAUCCCAUGCAAAACAGUUAGAGCGACAAGCGACUACCCAGCGGAGGGAGAAAGAAGUAUUGCAAGCUGAACAUAAUAGAAUGAUUUUAGCCAAAUCCCGAUUAGAAAGCUUGUGUCGAGAAUUACAGAGACAAAAUCGAGCAGUGAAAGAAGAAAGUCUGCUUCGUAUCAAAGAAGAAGAAGAGAAAAGGAAAGAAGUUGCUAAUAAGUUCCAAGUAACUCUAAAUGACAUUAGUGCUUUAAUGCAGGAAAAUUCUAAGAAAAACAUUCAGCUAAGGGAAGAGAAUACAGAAUUAGCAAAAAAACUAAAAGCUUUAGUUGAUCAUUAUGAAAUGUGGGAAAAGCAUAUGGAAAAGGUUGUGCACCAAAAAGAUUUAGAAGUACAGCUGUCAAAAGCCAAGCAUGCCAAAAUAAACUUGCUCUUAAAACAAGAAACUGAAAAAUUCUUGAAGGAAAAGCAAGCUCUUUUGGAGAAUAUGAGUGAACUUCAAAAGAAGUGCACUAUGCUCACUUCUAAUGAAUUGCAACUGCGGACUGAGUUGGGAGAUUAUACAACCAAGUAUGAAGAAUUUCAGUCAGUACUUAGCAAGAGCAGCCAAGUGUUUGCUACUUUUAAAACUGAUAUGGAAGCAACAUCCAAAAAAAUUAAGAAACUUGAAAAGGAAACUAACGUGUAUAAGCAGAAAUGGGAAAGCAGCAAUAAUGCUCUGUUAGGCAUGAUAAAUGAUAAGCAGAAACAUGAUAAAGAAUUGGCCAAUGCUCAACAGCGGAUUUUAACUUUAGAAAAACUAUGCAGAGCUUUACAAGCAGAAAGAAAUGAACUUCAAAAUCAAGUUAAUGUGCUCUCUUCAGGUUCCAGUACUUCAGAAAAGGAUGUGCCUUCUAUAACUCCUGAAGCAGAAUUAGCUUAACAGAUUGUUCCUUGAAAGUGUCUGCUAACACACAAGUUAUUUUACAGUAUGGCAUUUUUAUGUACAAGUUCCCUUCAAGUUAAAAAGUGAAGAAUUCAGAUAUGAAUUUAUGUGGUUUGGACUUUUACUGUAGUCAUUUAAUUGUGUUUUUACAUUUUGUGUGUGUGAUAUUUAUUAUUUUUUUGUUCUGCUUUCUUAUACCACGAUAUUACUUUAUAAACAUGUCAUGUAUUUUGUUUUUGAAUUUUUAUCUAUUUGUUUCAAUGCAGAAUUUAUAGUGAUGUAAAUAGGUAAUAUAUUUAAAAACCCAGAGUCUAGAAUCCACACAGCUCUUGAACAGUGAAGUGUGCAGUUAAUGGGUAAGCCUGAGUUAAAAUAGUAACAUUAUGCAACUCUACAUUAAAAGUGUACUUCAGUUGGCCAUAUUUGGACAUUACUGGUUUCCUUUGUACUUUUUCUAUUGAUUAGUGAUCUUAGAACUGUUACCAAAUAAAUAAUUUACCAAAAGCCACAGAACUGAAGAUAAAAUCUUAUGCUGUUUCAGUUGAAUUAUAUUGUAAUUGGAAUUCAGUUCUUCUAUCAUUCACUAAUAAACGUUUGACAUUUUUUUAAUAAUGAAAGUAUCUUGUAUAAAAUUAAUGCAGGCAUUAUCCAAACUAGCAAGCUGCCAAAACUAAAAGCAGAAAGAACACUUCCAUUGUAUUGGAAUAGCAUGUUCUAAAUAAACUGUUUUCUUUCUAGUAAUAAUGGUGAGGCUCUAACCAAAACUUUCUGAAGCUCAAAACAAACUACUGUAAAGUAGAUGAUUAUUUAAAAAAUAAUUCUUAUGUGCUCUUUGUCCGAUAUUUUGUAUAAAAUUAUAAUAUGUAAGAAAGUUUAAGGGAAAUCAACUUUAUUCCCCUUUGAAUUUUCAUUUCUAACUUGAAAUUCAGCCUUAGGUUCUAAGUUGCAGGUUUUUUCUUCUAAUAUGUUAAAAAAGGUUAAUAAACAGGAAAUUUGCAAGUUUAAUUAAUUUGCAAAACCAGAUUUUUAUUUUGUUAAAACAUUAAUUUUUUUUCUAUUUAAUUAUGAUAAUUUGGAAAUGUGCUUGUUAUUUGACAUUUAUAAUGUUUUUGCUCAUGUUAAUGAUAUUUAUCUGUUUUUUUGUGUUCAGAACUUUUUUAUGCAUUUUAAUCUCUAGAAUUAAUUUUAAUGGUGGAAUUCAACAAAAAUUUCAUGUAUCUGCAAUAAUAUUAGUAACUAAAAAGUCAUAAAUUUCCUAAAGAAAUAUAAAUCAAAUUUUAACAGGUUCACCUAACUAACUUUAGCACUACCUGAAUUUCACCACUACAUUACAUUACCUUUAUAUUUCCAUAGUUAUCAGAAAUGUAUGAAUUUUCAUUUUGACUCAGCUUUUAUAAGUGGGAGGGUACUUAUUUAUGGAUUGUUAUUUUUGUUUAGAAUUUCAAGUGAAUAAAAGGCUUAUUAAGCAUUUAUCUUUACAUUUUUUAAUUUGUACAAGUAUUCAAAUAAAAUGCAUUUGUCUUCACUUAUAUUUAAAUAAAAUAUUUGACUGUAAAAAA